UUUUUGGAACGCCGCCCUGACUCUACAGUUCCCGCCCCUCUGCUCCAGUCUGAGCCUAUUCGAGCGGAUCAAUGAGAGCUCAUAUUUGAACUGCUGCAGACACCCAAAAACUUACCAUCGACAACGGGCUACAAUAUAGAGGUACAGCAGAGGAGCAUGGGUUGUCACAACAGCAAAGUGUGCGGCCAGGUCUCCCGGAAAAAGAAAAAAAGUAGAGCACAAGAAGGUGAGAAGCACAUAAAGGACAUCAAACUUCAAGAUGGAAGUGGUACACACUCAUCUGAGGAGAAUCUGUUGGAGACUUAUGAGUGUCAGCUAAAGAUUCUACAUGCAGUUUUGAAGGCUUCAGGAGACCAGGAGAGAGACCAGCUCCUCAAGGACCAUCCUGGAGACAUCUGCACGUUAGUCCACAGCAUUAUAGAGAAGGUAAAGACUGAGAUAACCGCUGACCUUAAUGAUCUUCAUGAAAAACAGACGAGGAGCACCUUAGAAAAGCAUCAGAGCGCAACAGAAGAGCUACAGCGAUUACACAAUGAAGAGAAGAAGAUUUUAAAUGACUCACAUGCAGCAGCUGAGAAUGCUUUGAAGGAUCAGAUUGAAGGGCUGACGUCAGAGCUGAAGCUGUUCAAUGAGUUAAAGCGCAGAGCGCAGGAGUCCACGCUCAAGAGAGACCUUCGGAGAAAUACUGAGACUCAUGGCAGCCCUGGUGCAUUCUGGGAGCAGGAGCAGGAGAGUCUGUUAUUUGUCAUCGAAAUGAAGCGUGAGCGUUUACAGGACCAGGGGAACAAGCUGCUGCAGAUGCAAACACUGGUGGAGAAGAAUCUGUCACUGGAGGAUCAGCUCUUGCAGGCUCUCCAGCAGAGCGAGGACUACAGAGUGCGGAUAGACAACUACCAAAGCCUCAUACAACAACUGUCCAAGGAGCAGAACGAGCUGCAGGAGGCGCUAGAGAAGCAGUCUCUGCAGAACCAGAAGCUCAGCCAGGAGAAAGAAGAGCUGCUCUUUAAACUCAUACACCGCAGAGACUCAUGCUCCUCCUUCCACCUUCCUUCUGUCAUACCCACACAAGUGUCUCCCAGCUGACCACAGCAUCCACCCUCAUCACUGUAUACUGACCCCGCCUGGCCUCGGUGCCUUCGCAGCGUAUUUUUUUUUUUUAAUCCCUGUUUAUUAUGGAGUGUUGUGAACAUGCAGUGCUGAUAUGGACUUAUUCACUGCAUUUAGCAUUUUUAACUAGCCAAACAAAUAUUUUUGUACAUUUUGUUUGAAGAGACGUUUCUUAUCAGGAUUUUUUUGGUUGCAUUUUGAAAGAGCUGUGGAUCUAUGCAGUAGUUACACAUGUUAAGUCUUUUUAUUAUUAUACAAGGUGUAGUAGCAGUUUUUGCCAAUUUUUGAUAUUGGUUUUA